UUCCCUUCUCCACCUGACGCCACAAGUGUGGAUUUCGUCCUCCUGCGCUGCUUCACCUCUCCUUCAGAGGAAGAGAGUGUUCAAGGUGUCGACGGCACUCACCGGCUGCUUUCUAAUCAUGUUGCCAGCUCUGGUGACUGGAAAGAGCUCUCCCCAACCAACUGUCCAAUCACCAUCCAGCUGAGCACAGCAGGACUUCCGCUCUCCCUGUUGACUAGCAGCAGCAGCAGCGGCAGUAGCCCCUCGGCCACUCAGAGCCCUUCUGAACUGCCACAGAAGAAGCUCCAACCCCUGUAUGCGAACGAGGACGCUGUAGAUCAGGCUACUGAACUUCUGCUACAGCGAAACCUGGUGGAACCCAUAAGGGCGGCGCGCGGAGCUGGUGGUCUGCCAAGUGGCACGCCUGAGCCGAAAAAUGCCCCUGGCUCGGAGUCCUCCGUGAGUUUGAAAUUGGGAGAUCUGCGCGGACAGGACAACGUCCCCAACUAUCUGUACCUGAAAAAUCAUCAGCCGAAUGGGCGACUCCUCAUCAGCUACCAUCCAUAA